AAGAAAGAGAAGGGGGCGUGCGGGCGGCUUCCCGCGAGGGGCGGUGGCCGCCAUUUUGUUCGCGCCGGGCAGGGCCGGGGCGGACCGGGUGGGGAGUGAUUGCGGCUCGGCGGCGCUCAGCGCGGCCCGGCAAUGUCGGCGUUCUCAGAGGCGGCGCUGGAGAGGAAGCUGUCGGAGCUGAGCAACUCGCAGCAGAGCGUCCAGACUCUGAGCCUGUGGCUCAUCCACCACCGCAAACACUCGGCGCUCAUCGUCAGCGUGUGGGAGCGGGAGCUGCGGAAAGCAAAACCAAACAGGAAGCUGACAUUCCUGUACUUGGCCAAUGAUGUCAUACAGAACAGCAAAAGGAAAGGACCAGAAUUUACGAAAGACUUCGCUCCAGUAAUAGUGGAGGCUUUUAAGCAUGUUUCAAGUGAGUCUGAUGAGAGUUGUAAGAAACACCUUGGCCGAGUGCUUUCUAUCUGGGAAGAAAGGUCUGUUUAUGAAAAUGAUGUAUUAGAACAACUUAGGCAAGCUUUGUAUGGAGACAGAAAGGGCAGGAAGCGCACAUAUGAACAGAUAAAAGUUGAUGAAAAUAACUGCUCACCUCGAGGUUCUCCCACUGACCCUCCACAGACUACAGAUCUCAUUAGAGCAUUACAAGAACUAGAAAAUGCUGCCUGUGGGGAUGCAGCAGUUCAUCAGAGAAUAGCUUCUUUGCCUAUAGAGGUCCAAGAUGUGUCCCUGUUAGACAGAAUAACAGAUAAGGAAUCUGGAGAGCAACUUUCCAAAAUGGUAGAUGAUGCGUGUAUGUUGCUGGCGGAUUACAAUGGCAGGUUGGCAGCUGAAAUAGAUGAUAGAAAACAGCUAACUCGAAUGUUGUCGGACUUUCUCCGAUGUCAAAAAGAAUUCCUUGCAGAGAAAGAACAUAAGCUGGAACUUCUGUUGCAGGUGGUGGACAUGGACCUAUCUUCAUGAUGUCACCAUCCAUUAGUACACACAUCCUGCUAAAAAUAAAUUUAAGAAUAAAAAUCUUGUAUUGUCUCUUGUUUUUGAAAACUGAAGAGGAGGAAUUCUGUAACUACUCAUACCAAACCUCUGCUAUUUUCAUCUGUAUUCUCACAAAUGUUACUGCAUUUAUUCCUGAGGUGAAUUUAUCCAGUGUCAUUCGUUUUUCUCGAAGAUUAAAACUUUCACAUGGUUGUUCUUAAAACUCAAGUCCUUUCAUUCAGAGUUUCAAAUGCAGAAGUUUGGGUGUCACUUGCAUUGAAGCUGCCAUUACCAAAAGGAAAGAGCUGUGAAAACAAGACUUUUUCAGACUUUUGCUUUUUUAACUUACACUCUAGUUCUUGAGUUUACAUGAACAUCAGAAGUGAGAAGUGAUGGAUAGAUGUAGAACUUGUCCUUCACAAGCACAAUAAAGAACUUUCAUUUUUUAAUGUAUAUCUAUCACACAUUUAAGUAAGUAACAUAUAUUUUAUAAUUGCUCUUAAGCCCUUGUAGAGGCCCCCUCAAAUUUAAGAGUGUUUUAAAGAAUAUUUUCACUGUUUUUAAGUUUUACUGUAGUAUAAAUAUUUAAGGCUGAGUGUAUGGUAGCUGUAUCUGGAAACUUGUAUGGGAUUUAUAGAUAGCUGUGAUUCUACAUGUUAGAGAAAAUGGGGGGUUUUUUCUGAAGUUUUUGUAGGAACCCUUUUUACUCUCAUAAGUUUGAGGACUGACAUUUCCCUGUUUUCUAUUGCUUUGGCUGACUCUUCCUUUUCUGCUUCCUUCUUGUGUCCUCGUCCUGCCUCCCUGCCUCUCCCCUAGUUUUUGAACAGAAAUAUUGGUUGAUCUGUUGAUCUCACUGAAGGCUGAUAAAAAACUGUGUUAUACAGGAAAAGAAAGUUAGAUAUACAUAAAUUAACUCGUCUUGUUGUGUUAGAGACUGUUCUGUAGACAUUCUAGAAUUAGCGUGACCUUAAAAAUAGAGGGGUGAAAUGAACAGAAGUACUUGAUUUCCUUUUUUCUCCACAUUGCUUUGCCUCUGCCUUUCCCACAGUCUUGCUCACCACAAAGUAAAUACUCCUACUACGUUUCAAAUAAAGGCUUCAAUAGUUUAAAAUCUUACAAAUGCAACUUCUUAAUGAGUGUGGGCAGGGGAUACUAUCACCUUUUUCUAGAAAAACAAGACAGCCUCCUCUCACUUUCAUUUUGUUACUGUAAAACAUGGCAUUGCUACAUUAGAAACUGGGUCAUCCAGUCCACUUACAUAGUGUUUAUACCAGUGUACCACUUUAAAUUAGGGAACAUUCUUGUCAGUAAAUCCAAAUCUUUAUGAAGGAAAUGCUGCUCUGGGAGGCCUGCUGUGUUCUUGCAGGUUGUGUUUAAAUAAGACAUUUUAUUGAUGCAUUACUUAUUUUCUGCAGCUAUAUAAAUAAUAGUCCUAUCCUUGCACUUGAACAUCUGGUUAUAGUUGUUUGUCGUUUCUUAGCACAUCAAGAAUAUUGUAUAUUUAAUGCAUUUUCAUUUCACAGUUGAGCUUUAUAGCUCAGUAUGGCUUGACUUGUCUUCCUAAAGGGUUUAAUUUUGUCGUGGGAUUUUAUGGGUAAACAGCAAGCAGUUAGUCUUCAUAGUCUGUAUCUCUAAAGCCGAAGGCUUUUUUUUUUUCUGUUCUCUUCCAGCUUAAUGGUUUCAAAUGGAGAUAAAAAUGUUAAGCGAAGAAUUUAGGAAUGGCAGUUGUGUAACAGGCCUCUUGUGUUGGUUUUGUUUCCCAGUGCAAGACUGGAUUGAGGCUAUUGUCUGCUAGUUUUUGUCCAUGAUAGGUGCCUUGUAAUCACAGGGUGUAGUGUUUUUAAUUGGUGAGGUUUAUUUUCUUCGGGUUCCUUGUACUUGGCUAGUACCUUUGUAUGUCAGGUUCUUUCGAAGUGCCAGGUGGACUUCAAGAAUCACAUUCAGUCACACUUCAUGCUUUUCAAGUCCACUUAAAAUAAUUUGGAUUAAUUUCUUCAUAGCCUUGCAGCUGAGCAGCUAAAGUAUUUUGCUGACCUUUGGUUGAAGUGAAGAUAGAUUUCUAGCAUCAUUCCUACACUGCUUUUUAUUACAGGGUGGAGUUUGCGGCAUUAUAGGUGAUCUGACGCUCCCUGAAAGUGGCAGUGCCACAGUAACUCAAACUAAUCUUGAAUUAGAACUGAGUUGUGCUGUUUCUGCUGCUAACAGUGCAAUGAUUAGAGAACUGGUAGCUGGAAAAUAUCAGGAAGGAGGCAAUGAGAUUCAUCCAUACUCAUUAGGAGUAUUACGAGUAUUUAAGAUCAUCUGAUACAUACUAGGCAGCAGAAGACUCUCAUGAAGUAGUGAUACCAAAUGGACAAUGUUGUACGGUCUCUUUUGAUGUUACAAACCAUUGCAUUUGUUUCUGUUCAGGGUUAUAGCUUCAGAAAUUGAAGCUGGGUUGACAGUGCUUCCAGUCCAGGGUAGUAUAUGACUUCCACUGAAAGAAGUGUUUAAAUUGAUUAUAGAUUCUUCGGAGUGCACAGAUGUGGAUCUCUAUAAUAAAAAAGGGAGGAGACCUUUUGUCAGGAUUAUUCUUUUGUGUGAGCCAAUUUCUAGUAACUUCCACUGUUUUUCAGAGAAAUGUAUGUAGCGGUAAACUGUCAGGAGGGGAAUGUAGGCUAAGGAUCUGUGAUCGGUGAAUUCUCUUCAUUCUAGUCCUCCCCAUACCAGCCUGUACAAAAUGGAACAGGAUUCAGAAAGAGUGCCCUCUGCUUGACCAUUUGAGAGUCAGUUUAAAGCCCUUGCUCCUGGUUGGCUUUUAGUGGCCAUUUGACACUCUUUGUGUAGUGUAAAUGUUGUACUUGAACAUAAAGUUAAGUUCCUUUAUUGAAUAUUGUCAGCUGGUGUGUGUGUGUGUUUGUUUUAGUUUUUUAAUUAUUUUUUAAAAAUAACAAAACCAACCCAUUUCUCAAGGCCCCUUCCCCAAAACAAAAAAAAACCCAACCAACACCAAAAAAUCCUCAACCAAACUUCAGUAAGCUCAAUAGUUUGAAUUCUCUACCUGAAGAUGACGAGAGAAUUAAGCAAUCCCUGCACUCCUCAUCACUUUUAGAGUUUUAUUAUAUAAGAACUUAAAGAAUGUGAGGGGACAUUGAAAUUGAGACACAGGUUGUAUCUCUUAUCUGCAACAGAAGUAGGCUUGCUAAGCAUGCUUGCAGGUUGCUAACCUAUCUUGUAAAUGUAGCUGUUCUUUUGUUUCAUUUUUUUUUUAGUACCAAAACGUGGCAGUAGAUACAGUUGUAUUGGCUGUGUUACCUAGAAGUACUCUGCUGGAUUAGAGUGAAGAUGAGCAGCCCAUGUGUCAAACACAGCAAUGCAAAGUCAAGUGGCCAGUGCAUUUUAUUCCUUUGUGCUGUACCCUUUUAUGAUAACAACGCUUAUUUGCCCCUUUUCUUACAAAAAGUUUAUAACCUCCCUGUACUUGACUAAUAAAUAUCUCUUUUUUAUAUUGUAGCUUAACAACUGCAGCCUUAAAUACCAUGGUACAUAGUUUCUCAGGCUGUACUUGAAAGAGAAUUAGACUUGGUAGCUCUGUAUUGUCAUUCAAAGCAACAAAACCACUUGAGAGCUCCCACUUUCUAAAUUGAAUUACCAGAUGCUUGAGUAUAAAUCCUGGCUUUUCUAACAGAUCAGAUGGGUAGUAGGUUGCUUUUGGCUCAUCCUUGUAAAGUAAGGAUAACCUUUUACAUCAGUUCAUCAUGUUUUAAAGCAUUACUUGUCACCUUGAAGGUGCUCUGUUUUUGAAACAGGGUAAUAAAAAUGUUAAAACUUUUUUAUUUAUAAGACUACCAAUUUCACUUUUAUUCUUUGUGAAGAGUGGGGUUUUUGUUAACCUUCACUCUGCAGCUUAUCUUUAUUUGAAGGAUUAAAAAAAAAAAAUACAGGAUACUAUGUAGUUUAAUACCCUUGAGGUACAUUUGGAAUUCUUUAUUAUAAAGGUAGCAAGAGAAGCUACUGAUCUUAUCUAGGUUGGACUUGUUCAUGAGACUUUUAGACAGACUGUUCCUGGCUGUUGCAAGCCAAAAACUUGAUAAUGUUAACCAAAAUGAAUGGAUCUAUUUGAGUAAUCCUCAGAAGAAGAAGUUUUGCAGGUAUGUAAUGGAUUUGGGUUUUGUGCAAACAAACAUCAAGAGCACGGGACAUUGAAAAUUAAAUAAUCAGUGCUUUAUCUAGAGCUUCUUAAGGUGAGCUGUAGAUUGACAAAUGACUGGGCCUUUCUGCAGAUGUUCCCUUUGCUUUGAACAGAUGUUUGCUGGAAGGAAAAAAAAUCACACCUGGAUGUAAGAACUAUUGAACCUGUAGCACGUAUUCAUAUUGGCAGUAGCAAUACAGUUUUUCAAGUUAAGACUAUACCUUUGAUACAGGCCUUAAUUUCUCACAGUAAUAUAGUUGCUGUUUAGACUUAAAAAUCUGAUGUUUGUGUCUCUAAACCUAUUUAAUUUUAAGGACGUAUUUUUUAAUCUUUAUUGUGAAUACAAAGUCAGGAGAACUGUAAACCCUGCUGGUAUCCCUCCUGCAACUAGAAACUUACCUUUGGAAUUGUUAUUUGUUAAAGCAACUGUAAACUAUCUAGAAACAUAAGAUGACUAUCUAGAAACAUUCCAUGACACUGGAAUGAAAAGCAGCUCUGUUGGGGAAAACUACCAGUGAAAUCUAACUACACAAACUAGACUAGGUUGAGAGUUACAAAGGAAAUGUUUGUAAUCAAGUUUAGAAAAAAAAUCUGAAGGUUGUGAAUGGAAAGGAGGAUUGAAAGGAAGGUGGCAGGAAGCUGUGCUGUACAAUUUGACUGGUAAACAAACUGAAUGAGUAUUUACUGCUUUUAGCUUAUGUCUUCUGGUGUUUUCAUUUAACAGUAAAAUAAGCCCACAUGUAUUCAAAAAUAAUUGUGUUUGACUCAAGCGCUGUGCUCUUUAGUGUUCUCUUUACAUUGUGUCCUAAUUAAAGCCUGUGUUGUUGGGCUGAUACUCAAAAGUUACACUGGAGAAUUUUUCUGCCUUCGUUAAGAUCUAGAAACUUUAUUGGUCUAACGAGCUUGUGUAUGAGUUGAGAGGGAAGCACCACAUUCAAGGUACUCUUUACUGUGACCUAUUCAUGUAGUAAGAAUUUUUGUGGCAUUUACAGUAAUGAUUUGAAUGGUUGGAAGGAAGGGCUUACAAGGAGUGCUUUUAGGAGUCUGACAAGAGAGAAGAAAUGGCUAGAACAUCACCUUGUUUUUUUUCUCUCAGCCUGACUGAAACAACAUGGCAGAUUUCAUUCUCAGUUACAAACUUCUGUUUCCACUUAAAACCAUCGUAGUAUUGGAAAAAGUGAUAUGUGUAAAAUCUGAUGUAAAACAUAG